GCGUCACUCAGUGAGCGACCGGACGCGACUGUGAGUGGACGUAUGUGUUGCGCUGCGUGUGUUAACUAGUGUUGAAAGCAGUGAAAAAAAGUGGCUAUUGUACCUUUGCGUAUGUGAUCUAGUAUAACCAAAUUAUUAUAGCUAGUUGCAAUCCACAUAAAACAAGGUUGAUAAAAGUUGUGAUUUAGUAAAACCACUCGUGUAAACAGUGCCAAAGCAAAGUUAACCAAAUAAGUGUGUUGGGGGGUGCGGUGUGAGUGGCGAGGUGCCUCCAUGACGUCACAAUGCAGAGACAGUUGAGCAAUGUCAGUGUGCACUCCUACCAGGAUUACCAGCCGACGAGGAGAUUUGGGGCGCAGUAUGAGCCGGGCGGAUACGCGGCGGCGGUGCAGCAGCGGAGCAACAUGACUCAGCGCGAGGACGCGCUCAAGUUCGAGCAGGGCCGCAUCAAGGCGCUGCAGGAGGAGCGGUUGCACAUACAGAAGAAGACCUUCACAAAAUGGGUCAACUCAUUCCUACAGAAGGCGCGCAUGGAGGUGGAGGAUCUGUUUGUGGAUCUGGGAGAUGGGCGGAGGCUCCUCAAGCUGUUGGAGAUCAUCAGCGGCGAGCGGCUGCCGCGACCAAACUCGGGCCGCAUGCGCGUGCACAAGAUUGAAAACGUGAACAAGAGUCUCGGCUUCUUGCACACUAAGGUGCGUUUGGAAUCAAUCGGCGCUGAGGAUAUCGUGGACGGCAACCCUCGUCUCAUCCUCGGUCUCAUCUGGACCAUCAUCCUGCGAUUCCAGAUUCAAGAGAUAGAAAUAGAUGUCGACGAAGAGAAUGAGUCGUCAGAGAAGAAGUCCGCGAAGGAUGCUCUGCUGCUGUGGUGCCAGCGGAAGACGAGCGGCUACCAUGGCGUACACAUACACAACUUCACAGACUCCUGGCGCUCGGGGCUCGGAUUUAAUGCCCUCAUACAUGCACACAGACCGGACCUGUUCCGUUGGGCGGAGGUCCCGCAGGCGGACCACGUGGAGACCCUCAACCAUGCCUUCGACGUCGCCCACAAACACCUCGGUAUACCUCGUCUGUUGGAUGCUGAGGAUGUGGACACAAGCCGGCCUGAUGAGAAGUCAGUGAUGACGUAUGUGGCGAGUUACUAUCACACAUUCGCCCGCAUGAAGAACGAACAGAAGAGCGGCCGCAGAAUUGCAAAUAUAAUAGGUCAGAUGAUGGACUGCGACAGUCGUAAAGGCGAGUACGGUCGUCUGAUGAGCGCUCUGCUGGAGUGGAUCCGGCUCAAGAUCCUGGAGCUGAACGGACGCGACCUUCCCAACUCGCUGGACGGCAUCCAGCGGCUGCUGCUCGCCUUCAAGCAGUACCGCACUGUGGAGAAACCACCCAAAUACAAGGAACGUUCUGAGGUGGAGGCGCUGUACUUCCACAUCAACACAAUGCAGAAGAGCCUAGUGGGCGAGGCCUGGGCGCCCAACGAGGGACAUCUGCCGCAGGACCUCGAGCGCGCCUGGCAGAAGCUUGAGCAGGCGGAGCACGCGCGCGAGCUGGCUCUGAGGACUGAACUGCUGCGUCAGCAACGACUGGAACAACUCAAUUAUAAGUUCAAUACAAAGUCUGUGCUGCGCAAGGGGUACCUGAAGGAGAUGAUCCAGGUGCUGUCAGAUCCUCGCUACGGAUCCAACCUCGCGCAAGUUGAUGCCACAGUGAAGAAACACGAGGCCAUCUCCGCAGAUAUACUCGCCAGGACGGAGCGUUUCGAGGAUCUGUCUGCGAUGGCAGGGGAGCUGGUGCGCGAGCAGUACCACGGUGCGGAGGCGGUGUCUCGCACCGAGCAGGCUGUGCUGGCGCGCUGGAGAGAACUCCUCGAGCUGCUGGAACGGCACCGCACCUCACUGGCCCGUCUGGCGCAUCUCAUGUCGCUGCUCAGGGAGGCUGACGCUGUCGCGCACACGCUGCUAGAGAUGAAGGCUCAGUUCCAGUCGGAAGAAGUAGGUCGUCACCUGGUAGACGUGGAGCGGCUGCUGCAGGCGCAUGCGCUGCAGGAGCUGCAGCUGGGUGCGGUGGACGAGAGCAUCCGUCGGCUGGUGCGUCAGGGAGCCGCCGCCGAAGGUCCACCGCAGCCCACGCAGCAGCUCGCCGCGCAGCUCGCCAAGCUGGAGGACGCGUGUGACAGCUUGAUGGCGGCGGCAAAAGACCGCAAAGCUCGAUUGGAAGACGCCAGGAACCUCUACCAGUUCCUGGAGGACCAUGACGAGGAGGAAGGCUGGGUGACAGAGAAGCAGCGCAUCUGUCGCGCGGAAGUUGCGGCGAAGGACCUGCGCGGUGUGCUCGCUCUGCGCCAGAAGCACACCGCGCUGCUGCACGAGCUGCGCGCACGAGACCUCGUCGCGCAGAGACACCGCGAGCGCGGACAGAGUUUGAUUGAGGCCAAACAUCCCAAGAGUGCGGAGGUGGAGCGGCGGCUGGCGGCGCUCAGCAAACAAUGGGAGCUGCUGCGCCAGCUGGCGGAGGCGCGCGACAAGCAGCUCGCUGAUGCCGCAGAGGCUCACCAGUUCUACGGCGACGCGAACGAGUCGGAGUCAUGGAUGAAGGAGAAGCGCGCACUGGUGGGCACGGCGGACUGCGGGCGCGACGCGGCUGGGGCUGCGGCGCUGCUGGCGCGUCAUCGGCUGCUGCACGGCGAGCUGCAGGCGUACGAGCCAGAGCUGCAGCAGCUGCGCACCGCCGCCGACCGCCUGCAGGCCGCCGGCAUACACGAGCUGCAGCUGCCCACUGAGGUGGAGGCGGGACCCGCGCUCGAAGAGGAGGAGUGGGUCAACGAGACUCGCCUCGUGCCCACAGAGGUCUGGGAGGAGGAGCCCGUCGAGCGCCUCGAGCACCGCACAGUGACAGAGGAGCGCAGCGUGCCACAGGUGAAGGCGCUGUACGCGUUCACAGGUCAGGGCAUCUCCAUGGCCAAGGGCGAGGUGAUGUUCCUGAUGAACAAGACGAACCCGGACUGGUGGUCAGUGCGCAAGGCAGAUCGCACAGACGGCUUCGUGCCAGCAAACUACGUGCGCGAGAUUGAACCACGCGUUGUACCUGUGCAAGUUCGUCGUCCAGAGAAGGUGCGUACAGUGCAGCGGGUGAAGAAGACGGUACUAGUGAAGCAGGUGGUGCCAGUCCGGCGCGGCACUGCCAGGCCAGCACGCCGCGCCAGUCGCGCACAGCCAGUCGCGCUCGCUAAAGCGCCCGCUGUCGGCGAGAGGAUGCAACAUAUCGAACAACAAUAUGACGAGCUGGUGAAGCUGUCGGAGGCACGGCGAUUGCAGCUAGAGGACGCCAUCAAGUUGUACAGCUUCUUCGCGGAGUGCGAUGACUUCGACAAAUGGAUCAAGGAGAAGGAGAAGAUGUUGCGCACAGACGACCCCGAGGACAGCGUCGACACCGCCAAGAGGAAGUACGAGAAAUUCGUGACGGAUCUGUCAGCGGCGUCCAAGAGACUGGAACAUAUCGAGGCGGCUGCGGAGGAGCUGGUGGCGGCGCAACACGGGCAGGCGGCGCGCGCCACAGCACGCCGGCAGCAGCUGCGCCAGCAGUGGGCUCGUCUGCUGCGCCUCAAGGAGCAGAAGGAGAUGCAUCUAGAGGGCGCCUCAAGUGUGGAGCUGUUCCAACGCACAUGCGACGAGGCGCUGGAGUGGAUGUGCGAGAAGGAGCAGCAGCUGGCGGGAGUGGGGGGGGCGGGGGGCGGGGCCGGCGCAGAUCUGCGCACCGUGCGAGCGCUGCAGCGCAGACACGCGCAGCUCGAGCGGGAGCUGGAGCCGCUCAGGGAGAAGGUCAACACUGUCGCACUGCUCGCAGACUCGGUAAAGUCCCAGUACCCGAGCGAGCGCGCCAACGUGGAGGCGCGCCAGCAGCAGCUGCAGCAGGCGUGGCUGCGGUGCCAGGCGCAGGCGGCAGAGCGCCGCAGCCGGCUAGAGAGCGCCGUCGGCCUGCAGGUCUUCGCCAGCAACAGCGCUCAGCUUCACGACACAGUACAGAAGGUGCGCGAGCAGCUGCAGCAAGAGGUGACUGCCAAGGACGUAGCCACCGCAGAGGCGCUCUACAAGCAGCACCAGGAGCUGCAUGACGACAUCAAGGGAUACGACGACGAAUUCAAGGAGGUAAUAGGUCUAGGCAAGCAGCUGCUGGCCAACAACCCCUCGCUCACAGACGUCGCUGAGAAAAUCAAAACCCUUGAGGCUGAACAGAAAGCUCUCCACAAAGAAUGGCAGGAGAAAGAGGUGGUGCUGAAGCAGGGUGUCCAGCUUCAGACGUUCAAUCGCGAGGCGGACCAGAUCGACGCCUCCAGCGGAGCGCACGAGGCCUUCCUAGAGUACAACCAGUGUGGUUCAUCAGUAGACGAGGUGGAGGCGUUGUUGAAGCAGCAGGAGGAGCUGGAGGCGCGGCUGGGGGCGCAGGACGAGAGGCUGGCGGCCUUCGUGCAGCGCGCAGCUGCCCUCGAGCGCCAGCAGCCGCGACACUUCGCGGAGAAACACAUUGCCGCACGACGAGCUGCUGUGGUACAGCGACGCGACAAUGUGCGACAGGCCGCCGCCGAGCGACGUCGCGCUCUGCUCGCCAGUCUUGCACAUCAACAGUUCGUGUCGGCAGCAGAGGAGUUACAAACCUGGAUACUGGACAAGACGAGAACUGCCAAGGACCAGAGCUACAGGGACCUGGCGAACUUGGAGAGGAAGCUGCAGAAGCACGAGGCCUUCGAGCGCGAGCUGCAGGCCAACGAGAAGCAGCUCAGGAAUGUGGAGAGUAUCGGGCAGUCACUGCAGAAGUCGGACCCGGCGCGCGCCGAGGAGGUGUCCCAGCGGCUGAGAGACCUGCAGACCGCAUGGGAGGAGCUGGUCGCCGCGUCACGUGACAAGGGCAGCAAGCUGAGACAGGCGGCGCAGCAGCGGCAGCACAGGAGAGCCGUUGAAGACGCUAAAGCACGACUAGUUGACUUGGAGCGUGCACUAAAGAGCGAAGAAAUCGGUACCGACCUCAGAAGCUGUAAGAGGCUGCUCAACCAACAUCAGGCUUUGGAGCAGGAGCUGUCGCAGUGGGAAUCUCGUGCGAAGGCGCUGGCGGCGCAGGGUGAGGACCUGGUGUCGGGCGGACACUUCGACGGCGCGGCCAUCGAGCGGGACAGUGCAGCACUGCUGGCCGCGCUAGACAAGCUGCGCCCGCGGGCCGCCGCACGCCGCGCCGCGCUGGAGACCAGCAUGAGACUGCACAAGUUUGCGGCGGAGGUGUCCGGCGAGCUGGACUGGCUGCAGGAGAGACAGGCGGCGGCCAGCUCCACCGCGCUGCCGGCGGACCUGCACGCCGCACAGGCGGCACAGAAGAAGCACGCCAAGCUGCGCGCCGAGCUGCUCGGCCGGAGACCGCUCAUCGAGAGAGUGCUGGCGCAGGGACGCACCCUCGUCGAGGAAGAGCAUCCGCAAAAAGAUAAGAUCGAGGAGCUAAGUGGUGAGCUGGAAGCGGGUUACAGUCGCGUGUCUGCGGCGGCGGAGGAGCGCGGGGCGCGGCUGGAGGCGGCGCUGAAAGCGCAGCAGUUCAUGCACGAGGCGCUGGAGGUGGACUCCUGGCUGGCGGACAAGGCUGCUGCACUCGCUUCGGCUGAUGUCGGCGCUGACAGACACCGCGCCACACAGCUGCUCACCAGGCACAAGGCGGUGGAACUGGAGUUGGAUACGUACGCGGCUAUAAUUGCUGAGAUGGGACACGUGGCUGCCAGCAUGGGUCAGCCCGAGCUGGUGGAGCGGCACGCGCUGCUGGCCGGCAGCCUGGCGCGGCUGCAGCGACUCGCUCAGCAACGUCAGGGUGCUCUCGUCGAGAGUGUAUGCAGACACGAGUACCUGGCAGAGAGCGCAGAGCUGGAGAGCUGGAUACAGGAGCAGUACACAGCCGCCUCCAGCGAGGACUACGGGCAGGAUUACGAGCAUCUACUGAUUUUGAGAUCAAAGUUCGAGGAGUUGCGGCACCGAGUGGAGAGCGGGGCGGAGCGAUUCAAUCAGUGCGAGGAGUUGGCCAAGAAGUUGCUCGCCUCAGACAGCCCCUACAUUGCCGACAUCGAGCGGCGCCAGGAGGCGCUGGGUGAGUCAUGGCAGCGGCUGGUGGAUCAGAUCGGGUCCCGAGCUCAGCGGCUGCACGCGGCGGGUGAGAUACACAGGUUCCACCGUGACGCGGGCGAGCUGGUGGCCCGCGCGGGAGAGCGAGCUGCACGUCUCGCCGCCCCGCCCCCGCCGCGUGACCUGCGCGCCGCCACCGCGCUGCUCAGAGACCACGACACCUUGGAGACAGACCUGCUGGCCAUUGACGCGCAGAUGCAGGUGUUGCAAGAGGAAGGUGCGCGUCUGCAGAAACUGUGCCCAGGCGGCAAUGAACAGCAGAUAGCGCUACGACAGCGGGCGUUGGCCGACGCCUGGGCCGCGCUGCGCAGCGCCGCCGACCAGCGUCGUCUGCUGCUGCAUCAGCACCUCGAACUGCACCAGUUCCUCUCAGAGGUGCGCGACGUACUGACAUGGUCAGCAGCACUGCGAGGUGGCAUGGCGGGUGCGGCGCGUGCGCGUUCUGCCGCAGCGGCGCAGGCGCAGCGUGCACACCACGACGCCCUGCGCGCUGAGAUAGACGCACGUGACGACGACUUCAGACUUGCACUAGAGAGGGCGCAGCGACUCAUUGACUCAGGACAUCCCGCGGCACAGGAGAUAGCGGAGAAGUGCGAGGCUGUGGUGGAGGAGCGCGCUCAGCUGCACAGUGCGUGGGCGGCUCGCCAGGUGGCGCUGGACCAGCUGCACGACCUGCACUGCUUCCUGCGCGACGCCAAGCAGCUGCACGAGCUGUGCGCCUCACAGGAGGCCGCACUCAGCACAGAAAUAUCGCCAACUUGCAGCGUCGAAGAGGUCGACAACCAGCUGAAAAAGCAUGAAGCGUUUGAAAAACUGCUCGCCACACAGGACGAGAAACUAACGACUCUGAACAACCAUGGCGACAAGCUGCUGCAGCAGAACCACGUGGAGAGCCAACGCAUCGCCGACGAGCUGCAACAGAUCAACGAAAGGAGAAAGAAGCUGUACGAUUCGGCGGCACUACGUCGUGAGCAACUGGUAAGAUCGCGUGCGCGGGCGCAGUUCGCUCGGGACGCUGCAGAAGCUCGCGCCUGGGUCGCAGACAAGCUGGCACAGCUGCCCGCUCAAGCUGGUGAAGUGACAGACCUGGAGGACAAGAUCAAGAAGCUGAAGAAGCACCAGGCGUUCACGGCUGAGCUGGCGGCGCACAAGGCGCGGCUGCAGGAGGUGCAGGCUCUGGCGGAGCAGCUGCGCCCCGACGCCGAAGUAGACCGCCAGCUGCAGCAGCUGCAAAACGACUGGCAGCUUUUGGAGACCGCCACUGAACAAAGAGGUCGCGGUCUCGAGGAGGCUCAGGACAUGUUGGAGUUCAACCAGCACCUGGACAAGAUAGAAGCCUGGAUCCGAGACAAGGAGAUGAUGGUACAAGCGCACGAGUUGGGGCGCGACUACGAGCACUGCAGCGCUCUGCUGCGGAAGCUGGACGACCUGGACAGUGACAUGAAGGUGGAUGACAAGCGCGUGCGAGCACUUGUCGCACUCGCAGACAAACUUCUGCAAAAGGGUGGGGGCGCAGGGGCGCAGGCUGGGGGUGUGGCGGCACGCCGGGACGCUGUGUUGGGGCGGUGGCGCGCCCUCAGUGGAGCCCUGCAGGCCUACCGUGACAGACUUGAUGCCGCACUGUUGCUUCACUCAUUCAACAGAGAUGUUGAGGAGACAGCGGAGCGCAUCAGCAAGAAGGCGGCGGCGUUCAGCAGCGAGGAGCGCGGACGCGAGCUGCCCGCCGCGGAGGAGCUGCGCCGGCGGCACCUCGCGCGCUGGGCGGAGGCCCGCGCUGUGGCCGACCGCCUCAAGGCGUUGCAUCAGGAAGGCGACCGCCUCGCAGCCAGCCACCCAGAGAGCGCUGGUGAGAUCUCCAGCAGCCUGCAGCGUCUGGACGCGGCGUGGGACGAGCUGCAGCAGCUGGCCGCGCGCCGCACUGCGCUGUUGGAUGAGGCCAUCGCAGAGCACAAGUUUGAUGACACGCUCAAGGAGCUGGAGGUGUGGGUGUCGGAGACGGUGAAGCGUAUGGACAGCGCGGAGUCCCCGGAGAGCGUGGCAGAUGCAGAGGCGCUGCUGGAGGUCCAUCACGAGAGGAAGGCGGAGAUAGACGGACGACAGAAGGCGAUAGCGACGCUGCAGAAGGAGGCGGAGUCCGCGGGCAGGCCGGAGCGCAUACAGCGCGUCGCCACACUCGCAGACAGCCUGGACCAGGCCUGGCUGCAGAGGAAGCAGUAUCUCACCCAGGCACACGAGCUGCAGCUGUUCAAGGAGCAGGCGCAACAGACGGAGGACUGGCUCGCAUCAAAGGAGGCCUUCCUCAACAACGAUGACCUGGGCGACAACUUGGACGCGGUGGAGACGCUGAUCCGCAAGCACGCGGAGUUCUCGAAGCUGGUGGAGUCGCAGGUGGGCCGCGUGGCGGAGGUGCAGAGGUUCGCAGCCGGACUGCUGCAGCGCGAUCACUACGACGCAGCCUACAUACAGCGCCGCGUGCAGCAGCUUCUCGACAGGGCGCAGCGACUCAAGGAGCGCUGCAGCGAGCGCGAGAACAAGCUGCAGCAGGCGCGGCAGCUGCAAGAGUUCCGCCGCAACCUGGCUCACGAGCGCGAGUGGAUCGAGCUCAAGAUGCAGAUCGCCAACGACCAGAGCUACAGGGAGCUGUCAAACUUGCAGAGCAAGAUACAGAAGCAGGCGGCGUUCGAGUCUGAGCUGGCGGCCAACAAGAAGCGUAUCGACGACGUCGCCAACACCGGCGAGGAGCUCAUCGAGGAGAAACACUACGCGUCGCAGGAGAUUGCCAAACACGUAGAAGACUUGGAGAACCUGUGGAGAGAAUUGCAGGCUGCAGCCAAACUGCGUCGCGAGCGUCUUCAGGAGGCGUACCAGGCGCGCGUUUAUCUGCGCGGCCUGGACGACUUCACCGCCUGGCUGGAUGACGUCGAGGCCCAGCUCCUCAGCGAAGACCACGGCAAGGAUCUGACAUCGGUGACGGCGCUGCUGAAGCGGCACACGCGGCUGGAGCAGCAGUGUGCCAGCAAGGCGGACACCGCGGCACAGCUCGCAGACACCGCGCACCAGCUCGCCAGGAACGGGCACUUCAUGGCCGACGACAUACUGGAGAGGGCGGAGCGCGCAGUCACCAGGUAUAAGCAGCUGCAGGAACCUAUGCAGAUCCGGCGCGACAACCUGGAGGACGCAGCGCUGCUGCAUCGUUGGGACCGAGACGCCGACGAAGAGUUCGACUGGCUGCGAGAGCGCGGCGCAGAGCUGGAGGCGGACGCGCCGCUCGGGGACUCGCUGCCGGAGGCUCAGGCGCUCCUGAAGAAACAUUUGGCGCUUGAAGCAGAGCUGCUGGCUAGAGAGCCAUCAAUAAAGGCGUUGUCAGGUCGCGCCAGCACGCUGUCACGUCGCGGGCACUUCGCGGGCGCGGCGCUGGAGAGACGCGCGACGGAGCUGUCCCAGCUGCUGCGUUGCGUGGUGGAGGCUGCGGGGGCGAGGGCGUGCUCGCUGCGGGCGCGGGCCGACCUGCUGGCGCUGCUGGCCGAGGGUGCGGAGGCGGCGGCCUGGCUGACGGCUCGCCGCGCCCCGCUCGCAGCACCGGACGUCGGCCGAGAUGAGGAGGACGUGCUGGCAUUGACGAGACGUCUUGAGGCACAGAUCAGAGAGCUGGCCACCUUUGACGCGACUCUCGCACGGCUGGAGAAGACUGCGGCACAAACGGACCGGUCGCCGGCGGACGCGGAGACGGUGCGCACGAUGAUGCAGGAGUUACAGAGCGCUUACGAGGAGCUGAAGCUGCUGGCCGCGCGUCGACAGCAGCGUCUGCAGCAGAGCCUCAAGUACUUCAAGUUCGUGCAGGAGUGCUCGGAGGCGCAGGAGUGGAUCGGGGAGCAGAUGGCGACCGCCGCCAGCGAGGACUACGGCCUCGAUGUAGAGCAUGUUGACACGCUGCAGCAGGCCUUCGACAACUUCCUCACACAAUUGCAUGCUAAUGAGGGACGUAUCGAGGCGGUGUGCGAGGCGGGCGGGGCGCUGCUGGAGGACAACGCACCAGAAGCUGACCGCGUGCGUCAGCGCAUCGACGACAUACGCGGACUCUGGGAUGAUCUUAAAGAACUAGCCGUAGCCAGGCAGGAGGCGCUGGCGGGAGCGCGGCAGGUGCACGAGUUUGAUCGUCGCGCGGAGGAGACGGGCGCUUGGAUCGCGGAGAAGGAAGCGGCGCUGCAGCUGCACCGUCAGCUGCACCAGCUGCGUGCGCUGCGGGCUGACUUACUCGCCAUACAGGAUGCGCACAAGGAACUCAAGCAGGAAGCUGAACGUUUGGGUGCGGCGUUCCCUGACGCGCGCGAGCACGUGAGCGCCAAGCUGGAGGAGGUGAGCGAGGCGCUGGCAGCGCUGGAGGCGCACGCCGCACACUCGGAGCAGCAGCUGGCGCUGGCCGACCACCUGCAGGCAUACUUCCAGACGUAUCAGGACCUGCUUGCGUGGACCAACGAGAUGAUAGCUCGUGUGACUGCGCCCGAGCUGGCAGGUGAUGUUGCGGGCGGAGAGAGGCUGCUGGCGAGACAUAGAGACAUGCGAGCAGAGAUCGAUGCUAAAGAGGACGCCUUUCAUACAUUAUACAGCGACGGUGAGAAAUUAGUCCGUGAAGGUCACUUCAUGGCGAAUGAGAUAGAGGAGCGCGUGUCUACAUUGCGCAGUAGACAGGGGGCGCUGGAGGCGGCGUGGAGAGCGCGAGCCACUGUAUACGAGCGACAUCUUGAUGCACUCAUCUUCUUGCGGGAUGCUGACUCACUGGAACACUGGAUACUUACCAGGAUGCCUCUGGUCCGUGAUGGCAAGUACGGCAACAGCGUGGCGCAGACUGAGGAGCUGAUCAACAGACAUCGCGACCUCGAGGAGACCAUCGAGUCACAGAAGGACAAGUUUAAUGCUCUCAAACGGAUCACAUUGAUAGAGCAGGCGUUCUCCGAGCAGCAGGCAGAGGAGGAGGCUGCGCGGCGUCGCUACGCGGAGCAGCAGGAGGCGGAGCGCCUGCAGCAGUACCGCCGUCGUGAGAUGGACCGCAUCGCUGAGGAACGUCGCAGAGACACCGCGCCCCCGCCCCCGACCACCCCCACCUCACACACCACCACCACCCCCCACCAGCCCACAAGAGAGGUGGAGCGCGUGAUGGCGACUGGAUCUGCAAACACAAUGGGUCCAGCGAAGGCAGCAUCCUCUGAGGAGAAUGUGUCCGCAUCACUGGACCGUCCUCAGCGUGCGGAUACGCAUGUCAAGCGCGCUGAGAGCAUGAGUGUGGUGAAGACGCCGAAGCGUACUCCGUCCUUCACAACACGCAGACGUACUCAGAGCUUCCGCAGACACAGACACGACAUGGACGAACUGCCUCCUGUUGAGAUUGAAGGUUACUUGGAGCGCAAGCAGGAGGCAGGUUGUGGCGGAGUGCGGGCGACUGUGCGCUCCUGGCGUACAUACUACGCAGUGUUGUGCGGACAACUGCUCUGCUUCUUCCGCGACCAGCACGACUUCGGCAGCGCGAAGGCAGCAGCACCACCUGUUGCUAUACUCAAUGCACGCUGCGAGGCGGCGAGCGACUACACGAAGCGCGCGCACGUGUUCCGGCUGUCGUGCGGUGACGGGGCGGAGUACCUGUUCGCGUGCACGUCGCAGCAGCUGCUGGAGGAGUGGGUCGCCAAGCUCGCCUUCCACGCUCACCUCCCCCCGGAGCUGCAGCUCACACCCUACAGCGAGGCCUCCGCCGCCACCACCGCCGCCACCGCCGCCACCACCGCUGUCACCACUGAUGAGCUCAGGAGGAGGCUGCAUCAGAACGCAUCUUCAUCAUCAUCAGCCGCGUCGUCUCCUGAACCACGUCGUGCUGCUCGCAGCCAGGCGGAGAUCUUGCAGGAGCACAGGAAUUCACAGCAGGAGCAGAGGAACUCGCAGCAGCGCUCCUCUGCAACACCUGACAGACAUAUCGAGUCAGCUGUGUUACCAUCACUACCGCCGCGUCAGCCUCCGGCGCAGCCUCUGCAAGCUCCACACGAGGAGCCCGCUGAUGUCGUGCUCAGGAAUGUGACUGAGCGCAGCGGCAGCCCGUGGGGCAGGUCACGCUUCUCCAACGGCAGAGAUCUCAACGCAGAGUUCCUGCGCUCUCAGAGAGAGGCGGAGACCGGAGCCCCGCCCCUCCCAGCCAGCGUGCCCCCAGAGCGACCCCCCAUACCAGACAGAGCACCUGCCCUACCGGAGAGAGGACCCAACCUGCCGGAGCGAGUGCCACACACCACUGACAGGAUCCCGGACAGACCUGACAGACUGGAGCGAGCCUCCAUGAUAGCUGAGAGAGGUUUACUGGAGAAGAACCCCCAGCAGUCCGUCACAGCUCUGGUCAACUCCUACCAGCAGAAGAUGAGCAGGAGCUGGCAGGAGAAGGAUCAGAACAGGAACCCCAGUUGGCCGGGCCAGGGCCAGGGUCAGGGGCAGAAUAACAACUGGCAGACCGUGGAGACCACCUCACAUUUCUACUCUGCCAGCGAGCUCGCAUACGGCGAGGGCAGUGCGGGGGGCGGAGGCACCAGGCCCGCCUCAGUGGCCGGCAGCGGGGGCUCCCCCGCCCUCGACCAGAGACCUGCCUCCAGAUCGUCCGGCGAAUCUGAGCUGUCGGUGGGCGGAGUCAGCAAAGACAAGAAGGACAAGAAGGGCGUCUUCGGAGGUCUCUUCAGCAGGAAGAAGCGGCCGCAGAGCCACAUGUAGAUGAUACACCACACACUGACUGGCAACACUUGACAUCUGUCACACUGACAGAUGUCACAUUGACAGUGACAACUAGUGAGACAAAGUUAUUGAAUCCGGUGAAGUGCGCGCUAUGUACUGUCAGAAAAUAUGUGAAACAUAUUUAGAUAUAAAAAAAUCACAUAAGACAGCUACUGUGUGACAAGGAUCUUGUGAUUAUGACACAUGGAUUGGUAUUAUUGUGUCACUCUACCGGGUCAGAUAAGUUUGUCGCACUAUAGUUUGUAAAUUUCUCUAUGGCCUUACUAAAAUCAAUUUAAUACUUGUUUAUUAAAAUCAUGUCUUUUUAUACAAAUAUAUGUAAAU